AUGGAAGUGACACGGAAUAUUCUACGGAGGCGAAUUGUGCGCCGUCCGCGCUAUCAACGCGACGACUUGCGCAUCGAGAUUCGAGACGACUCAUCUGACGACGAAGACUCACCCUCGCCCACAAACUCAUCUUUCCCGCCCGGUGUCAGCAAGACUCACUCACCAAAGACGAAAACGGAGUCUCCCACGCUCCCUCCGCAACCCCCGCCGCCCGUCCUCAAUCCCGCCAACCCUACUGAUGUUGAGACGACGACCACGGCAACAAGUUCAUCAAGUACGCAGUCCUUGGAGCCCACUUUCACGCCCAGUCAACCAUUACGCGAACAACCUCGGCCAACUGCUCUCCCGCCUGUCCUCAGCACCACCGAGUCGUCCAGUAGCACCACGAGCUUCUCAACCCCCACUGCUCUCCCGAAUAGCAGGUUCACAACUACUCUCGCGCCCAUGCCGACUGGAGGUACGACGAAGGGUGGCAGUGAAGCCGGUCUAGGAAACGACAGGUCGUCAGAUGUAGGUUGGACGCCUACAGCAAUUGCAUUUGGAACAAUCGCUAUAGCGGCUUUGUUCCUGUGCAUAGGAUGGGGGCUUUGGUGGUUCAUCAGGUAUCGAAAACGUCGUCAAGCAAGACAAAUGUAUGAUCGGUCAAUGUCGCCAGGAAGCGCAAUCUGGAACCCCGCAUCCACCUUCUCGCCUCCGACCAUGCCGUCACGCAGGGCGCCCUCCAGCAUCAUGGCCGAGCUCAUGGGCGCCGCCUAUGCCGCGGAGAACGGCAACGCCGGGUACGGCCCCGACCGGAACUCCCUCACGCCGCAGGGCUACCUCGACGAGAAGACGUACGACCCUUCGCGCCAGCUGCCCAUCCUCGAGCCCGCGCCCGUCCACCAGCCCAACGUCCGCAACUCCAUCGCCAGCUGGAUCCGCCGCCACCACCCGCUCAAACUGAACCCCCUCUCCGGCCGCAGCAGCGUCUACUCUACUCGCACCAUCGGCGCGAGCGCCCAGGACGUCAAUGCCCCUCCCGUCCCCGCCGUCCCGGAUACCUACAGAUCGCCUAGCCAGCAAGCCGGCGAUGCAGCGCCGCAAACUACAAAUCGACAAGCGGUUUCCAGCAGGUAUGGAACUGAGAACCAGUCAGAGUACGGCACCAACUCGAUUCUGUCGCUGUAUGAGAGCGCGCAGCGGGAGCAGCAGCAGCAGCAGCAGCAGCAGCAGCAGAAGCAGCCAGGACAACAACCCCCGGAGCCCCUCUGGUUGCAGACACCCUCGCCUCUAAUGCACGGCGACCGCGGCGUCUCCAUGGCGCCGACAGAGGCCUCCGCAAGAACCGAGAGUACCUGGCGCAGCUGGGGUGCCGGCGUGACGCAACCCCGCGAGCAUGCGCCGCCGCCUCAGACGCCUCGACGGGGGUGGAUUGAGAAGUGUAUCAAGUUUGGAGGUUUGAAAUAA